CGCUUUUGCCCUAUCAGGUAUGAAGAACCCUAGUUCCAUGUGUUAGGGAUCCUGAUUGUAAUGACUUGGGAUUGUUAUACUGUUUGAUUUUAAUCGAUUGAUGCAUGAUUCAUUGAGUCAAUUGAAGUCUGAUCAUCUUUUCUUGAUUUCUGCUGCAACCUGAGAUAGAUAGAAUCUAAUUAGGUUGUUAGAGCUUCAUCAAUCGGUAGUGGUAGAUUGGUUAUACGAGAGUUAAUCAAUUUACUGUUUUGUACUGGAACCCAAUUCCAGUAGUGGAGUUCUGUGCUUAUAGCCUCAACAGUCUAUCCCGGUGAAGGUUAGUCGCCUGCCGGUUAGCCUGCCUGAGAGGGCUUGGUCAGCUUAAGAGAUUCCAAGCUACUGUCGGAUCUUCCGCAGUUUAAUCAACAGUUAAUCAACCCAGGGUAAUUACAACCUCGACCUAACUAAGGAGCUAGGGGGAUUCAUUCCCGAGUGACUCUUCCCUUGCUUUAGAAAAAAGAAACAUUUCCUGCAUUCUUACUGCUUUUGCUUAAAAUCACAAUCACUCGACUUAGUUUGCUAGAUAAUAGAUAUCACGGAGUAGGCAGUAGAUCUAGACCUCGGGUUGAAAAAUAGAACUUGCCACUAGUCUGCAUUUUCGGACUGCUAUUACACUUGGUCGCAGUUUGGUGUUGUGUUUUAGCGUGUCAAGUUUUUGGCGCCGUUGCCGGGGACCUCUAGGUUAUUGUGGAAACGUGAAAGUCUGUUACUUUAGCAUUUACUUUUAUGCAUCCUCUCUUUUCCGCCCUUGCUUUUCACUUGGGUAUUUUGUUUUUGUUGGUGCAGAUCUGAUACAUGGAUUCUCAAGGCUUCUCCAACCGUUGGGGGUAUCCACCACCACCUGAGUGGUAUUACCCCGAGACUUCCUGGAGCAACCAAGGAGGAAAAGACUAUGGAGUCUGGUGUCAGUACCAACCCCCCUACUAUGAAGAACAAUCAAAACCUUGGGUAUUUCAAGAACAAUCUCAUUAUCAAGAAGAAUUCCUCCCACAACUAGAAGGGCCAUCAGAUCUUGAUUUAGCCACAGCCCUCACGGGCCAUCCGGCAGAGCCAUGCUACACUCCACAACCAGAUCCAAACUAUCACUUGAGGCUUCUCAUGGAGCAGAUUGCUCGAGUACCUGAGAAAUCCUUUUUCGAGAUGGAUCCUCAUAUCCAGGCAAUUGCCCAAACUGACUUCUCCUUUCCCCGUGAAACAGAGGAGACCCUUCGGAGCAUCAAGAAGCACAUAGAGGUCAUUGAGAAAGCUUAUGCACAAUUUUCUCAAGAUAACCUUUAUGCUACAAUACAAGCAGAGAAGGAGGAAGAAGAAGUCAAUCAUGAGGAUGUCGUGGAGCAUACAGAAAUUGUCACGAAAAGCUCCCAUGAUGAUCAUGAUCAGAAAUAUCUUGUUGUAGCCGGCCAUACCUUUCCACAUCCCACACCGAGCGCUGAAAAGGAGGGCAUGAAUGAGGAGAUGCAAGCUGAUACUAUUGAAAAGAUUGAAUGGCGACUUGCUCUCCAAUCCGUGCUAGAAGAAGAAGAGCGAGAAAGGAUGAGGAAGGAAGUUGUGGAGGAUGACGGAAGUGAAUUAGAGAAAGUUCUUGAUCUUUUCCCAGGGGAGGAAUCAAAUUCUGAGGAAGGAAGGGGGGCUGAAGAAGCGAGUGGUGUCCAGGCUGAGGAUGAAGUUGAGGUGGAAGACGCUUGCACCGACCAUGAUUUACAUGUGAUAUCUCCACCAAACUUCGAGGAGCUGUUUGGCAAGGACCCAUUUGCAGUGUCUCUUUGCCAGACCAAGGGCACAUCAACAUCAGUCCCUCUUGGUGGACGCGAUGGUGGUCGGUCGAUGCUGUCAUAUCUGGUUUGGGGCAAUGAGACGAGUGGGGAAGAAAAGAAGAGGUCUCGCGGGUGGAGACUUCAUAUUCAUCAAGUACACGAGCCUACAUCACCUGCUUGUGACUUGAGACUCCACAUCAUCAACGAGAACCUCAACUUCAAGGAGGUUCUAGCAUGACCGAAACUUAGGAGCCACCGUCCGGCUCACAACGGUAAAGAAGCGCUUGUGGGGAGGCAACCCCACCAAGGUUUGUUUUUCUUUCGUUUGUUUUUCGGUUUGUCCACUUGGAACUAUGGUUUCAAUCACCCAGUGUGUUUUGAUGACUCUAGCCCUACUGACUGGUCCCAUUUCCAGUCCCCCGACAGUCCGUAUUCCCGGUAACAUCAUUUCCCCUUAUCUUUCCCUCUGCUCCACUGAGGGCAAUGUCGUGCUUAAGUGUGUGUGUGUGUGUGGGGGGGGGGGGGUGUUUAUCUAUUUUUGACUGCUAGAUGAGUUUGUGUGCUUGGAGCUGAUAAUUGUCGAAAACAUAUUGAUUCUGCGUGCUUAAUGUGAUUAUUUCAUUUGAGACAUAUAAUGCUUGUUCGAAGCCUAAUUUACUAUGGAAUGGUUGCAAAACCAUUACCAUCAAGUGCCAAAUAUUUUAUAUAUUUCAGGUAAAUGAAACGAGAAAUUUGCA